AAGUAGUUUCUCUCUCUCACUCUUUGUUGCUGCGCCGUGAAAGAUCCUGAGCUCCUUCAAGUUCGUCGUCGUCGUCGUCGUCGUCGUCGUCGGAGAGCGUCUCCUGCCCUUCGCCACCCCUCCGCAAUGACGGCCCAGUCCGCCGAGGAACUCGCCACCGAGCUCGAGCAACAGAAGCUUCACUCGGAUGACCCCAUCAUUGAAGACGGGAAGGAUGAUGAUGACGAAGAUGAGGAUGAGGACGAAGAUGAUGAAGUUGCUGACGGAGAGGAUGGUCUUACUGAAGGAGGAAAGUCAAAGCAGAGUCGUGGUGAGAAGAAGAGCAGGAAGGCCAUGCAAAAGCUGGGUAUGAAGCCUGUGACUGGUGUCACAAGGGUGACAAUCAAGAAAAGCAAGAAUAUUCUUUUUGUGAUCUCUAAGCCCGAUGUAUUCAAGAGCCCUGCCUCUGACACCCAUAUCAUCUUUGGAGAGGCCAAGAUCGAGGAUUUGAGUUCGCAGCUGCAGAGCCAAGCAGCUGAGCAGUUCAAGGUACCAGAGGUGGCAAACGUAGAAUCUAAGGUUGACCCCUCUUCUGUCGUCGGGGCUGAAGAUGAUGGUGAGGUAGAUGAGGCAGGUGUGGAGCCUAAGGACAUUGAGUUGGUAAUGACACAAGCAGGAGUUUCUCGUGCGAAGGCUGUCCGGGCCCUUAAGGCAACAGAUGGAGAUAUUGUUAGUGCCAUCAUGAACCUUACAAGUUAAGGGUAGGACUGCUGAAGAGCAUGCAUGCAGUUUUGCAUCUUUUUGCACUAUGGAAAUGCUUUUAUAAUGACAAAAAUUCUACUUCCCCAUCUGUUGGAUUCAGCCC